AUGAGUCAAUUUGUUUGCUCUUCUUGUUUACUUAAUUUCCCAGAAGAACCUACUUAUAAGGAUCACUACAAAACCGAUUUUCACAGAUACAACAUCGCUAGAAAAAUGAUCAACUUGGCUCCAGUCUCAUAUGAAGCUUAUAAAGAAAGUAAUCAAUUAAAUUAUUUAUUAGAAUUUGAUAAAAUAUCAGAGUAGAAGAUCAUAACUCCUAUUCAAUCUUAAACCUUUAAAUGUUGUAAUAAAGAAUUCAAGUCAAGCAAAACUUAUUAAGCACAUCUGGUUUCAAAAAGCCAUUAAUAAAAUUAAUUAAAAUCUCCUAUCACAACAAAUAGAAGUUAAACAGGAAAUUCCUUAUUAAAUAGUAAUGUAUGUUUGUUUUGUGAUGAAUUAUGCGAUAAUAUUGAAGAAUGUUUAAAACAUAUGAGUAAUCAUGGGUUUUUCAUUCGUGAAUAAAAGCAUUGUAUAAAUGUUGAGGGAUUGCUAAAAGCUUUAUCAGAAUAAAUAAAUAAAAAUAACACUUGUUUACAUUGUUUCUAAACAUUCAAAAAUAGUCAUGCUGCAAAAGAUCAUAUGUUAGACAAGGGACAUUGUUUCAUGCCUCAAUAAGAAUAUAAGGUCUUAUCAAAAUAUUACAAUUUUGAAGAAAAACUAUUAGGAAUAUUGGCAGAGCAAAAAGAAUAACAAUUAUAAAUUGAAGCCAAAAAACAACAAUUGCAAUUGAAAUAAGAGUAAAAAGAUGAUGAAAAAGAUAAGAAAAUUGAAAAUUAAGCUGAAGAUGAAGGAGAAUGGGAAGAUGAUGAAGAUGAUGAAGAUGAAGACAUUGAUUCUGACGAGGAAGAAGAGGAGUUGAAAUAAAAAUAAAAAGAUGAUUUGCAAACAGAUGAAGAAUUAAGAUAAAAAAGAUUAAAAUAAUUAUUAAAGUAAAUUAGUAAACAUAAAGCUACAUUAACAAAAACUGGGGAAUUAUUGUUACCAGAUGGAAAAUUGUAAUCAUAUUUAAUUUAUAAAUAGAUUGGGUCACAGAGAUUAUAGAAAGUAUUAUAAAUAGAAUCAUAUUCCUUUUAAAGUUUAAGAAGCUGAACAAGUUGAGAAAUGUAAAUUAUCUAUUAAUCUAUUUAGUGGACAUUGCUGAUGAGAAAUAAUUAGCAUUAUUAAGUGAUGAACUUAUAGUUGGACAUUUGAGACAUUUUUAUUAUCAAAAGACUAGAACAUUGGCACAUGGAUAAACCAAAAUCGGAUAAAGAAACAACUUAAUUUAGAUGAGAUGGCUAAGAAAAUCUUGUUGA